UUAUAUGUGCAGUAGCACAAAAAUAGCCUCCCGGGUGUCGCUGCGUACGCGCCGCCAGUAGGAACACCACCGCCGCACGCCCAGCCCGUUCCGCCCUGCACCACAAAUAUACGGCAUAUUACGAUAACCAAACCCCGUACUACCUGAUGUGUUUAUAGUGUUAUGACCAAGUGAUUAUGAAAAUUAUGAUGAAAAGUAGAGAGCACGUGAAAUUUGAGUGGUACAAGUGAUUGGAUUUAAUCCAAGUGUAUUGUGUGUCUUAUGUGAACAAGGGCGCCUGCCCUUUGAAUUUUGAUUAUAAAAGAAUGAAUUGCUUGUGGCUUCCAAGAUGAAUAAUGGUUCGAGAAGGGCCCUAACCGGCUCUAUUCACAAAAUCAGAGAGUUCGAAUUGGAAAAAGUGAGCCUAGUAGAAGAAUUUGACAUUCUACAAAUAGUUGGAGAAGGAUGGUUCGGAAAAAUUUUGCUUGUGGAACACAGAGCAUCAGACACAGAGAUUGUCCUAAAAGCCUUACCGAAACCCUACGUGUCCAUUAGAGAUUUUUACAGAGAGUUUCACUAUAGUUUACAUUUAAGUGCGCAUAGAAAUAUUGUUACUACAUUCGAUGUUGCUUUUGAGACGGCAGGAUUCUAUGUAUUUUGCCAAGAAUAUGCACCUUUAGGUGACCUUACAUCAAAUAUGCUUGACACUGGAAUUGGUGAAAUUCAUACAAAAAGGGUAGCAAAGCAAUUGUCUGCUGCAUUAGAGCAUCUUCAUCAAAGAGACUUAGUACACCGGGAUGUAAAACUUGAUAACAUUCUUAUAUUCAAAUCAGAUUUUUCAAGAAUAAAACUUUGUGACUUUGGCGAAACGAGAAAAGUUCUAUCAGUUGUGAGAAGACGAAACGAAUGGUUACCCUAUUCACCUCCUGAAGUACUUAGAUUGUCCAUGGACAGUAGUUACAAAGCUUUAAUUACCCAUGAUAUUUGGCAAUUUGGCAUCGUUAUUUUCAUUUGCCUCACUGGAUGUUUGCCUUGGCAAAAAGCUGCUUUUGAUGACCCUCGAUACACCAGUUACUACAAUUGGUAUAGCAGUGCCAAUCCAUUGAAGCGACCGCCAAAAUUAUGGAAAAUGGUUUCAUCGAGGGCACAAAAAAUGUUCAAAAAGUUGGUAGAACCAAGAGAAGAGAAAAGGGCCAACAAUUUCUUGGAACUUCCUCGAUAUUUAGAUGACAGAUGGCUAGGUAAAGGCUACACUGAUAGAGUUGCUGGCGAGGAUAUUGACGAACUCUGCCCAUCAAUGUACAGUUUUCACAGUGACCCUAAUGAGAAAAACAUUUUACUGAAACAUUUUAGAGAUAAUGGAAUCGAAACAACUGUUGACCGCCAAGCAAAGAAACAAAGGAUCCGCGAAUGGAUACAAAAUAGUGUUAUUGAGGAAGUUGACGAAGAGGAGGAGCACCUCGAAGCAGCGUUUGAACAUAGUGAUGAAGAAUUAGAACAUAGACCAAGAAAUCAUCCAAUUGAUGAAAGUCAUAGAGUUACUUUACGCUAUGAUACAGAGAAACAUAUUAACCCCAGAACUGGCGAAGUUAUUGACGGAGUCAAGCAUGCGCCGGAAAGAAAUCCUUUAUCUUAUGAUGUCCAGAAUAUAGAAGCAGUUGCACCUGCAAACGUAGUUAGAAGAUAUGGAAUGAAAGAAGAAGGCUCAUCGCAUAGUUCGACUAAGGACAGUGCUUACGGAUCUAUGGAAGUGAAAGUAAAUAAACCAGUAAAAUCAUCACAUAAAACCGAAAAUAAGCAAGUCCCAUCAAUAGAUAGUGUUCAAAAUAAUUCACCGAGUAGAUCUUUAAGCGCCACAUCAAUAAACCAAAAUAGGUCACCAUUGACGUCACACGCUCAGAGAUUUCAAAGAAGCGAAGAAGUGUAUUCAAAAGAAUUGGAAAGUUUGAAAGGAAGCACAUCUACACUUCAUUCUUUAGCUAAUUCGUCUAGGUCUAAUAGUCUUCAAGUCACUCGAAAUGAUUCAUUUGAUGCUCCAUCGGUAACAAGUACACAAACACCACCAAAAACAGAAAGUGCGAGUACGCAGAGACCUCACAACCCGGUCGUUACACAAAAUGGUUUUAGUCCGGGCACUAAAAAUGCUCAGCUGCCUAACAGGGCCUACGUUUCCAUGAAAAGUACAGUUUAUGAUAGCAAAAGUACUCGAAACGAUAACAAUAUAUCAGCCGAAAACAAUUUACAAAAAAAUCAGACUCCUGAUAGUCCUUACACUUCAAUGAUGAACAUAGUACAGGGCCAAAUGAAAAUCAAUCCUCACGCAACCGAAACAAAUAGAAACACUAUUAACGUUUCAGUAGCACAAGUGAACCGUAAAAAAUAAAUUGCUCAAAUAGUGUUAUUAAUCGGAGAUAAACCUUAUUAUCAGUAUGUUCUUGAAAUAAUUUUGUUGAAAGUGUUGGCUUUCACUUGCUCAUGCCUACAAAAGUCAACUUAACUUGAAAAUAAACGGCAGUCGUUAAAUUUUUAUGUACACAGUAUGCUGUUUAGACACCUCGUAAUAACUUAGCACUUGCCCUUGAUAGUGGUUUCAAAAUACCUAUUGUAAAAAAAUAUUCUGAGUAAGAAUUUUUAAUAACAUUUACUUAAUCAAUUUCUACAUCUUUUCAUUGGCCGCUUUUCAUAUUACACCCAUGUGCAUGCCUUACAUGUGUCGUGACUAUUGCUUUUUUAUUUAUUUUCUUACUAAACUAAUUGUUCCUAUUUUUCUGUUUAUCUUCUGCUGCUCGUUCCUGCUUCUUCCUGCAACUACUUUAACUUCUGUAUAACCAGAAUCUACAAAACCUACAAACACCAUAUUACGGUCCAGGUGUACCAGCCUACACUAAUACAGUCGCUUCAGUUGAAACACUGAGCUAUUUUGGAACCCACAACGAAUUUAAUGACUUGACGUAACUAUCGUAGGAAACUGUAAUUUUGUAUUUAGACGAAAAUUACGGAACCGCAACUUUAAAGAUGAAACUAUUCGUAAAUGCCUUUAAGGGCUGUGAUUAUUUGACUUUAUAAUUGGCCAAGGGCUUACAUAACUGAUUAUGGUGAAGUAUAAUUUAGUGUUAUUAUAUUAGUUUCCUUUUUAAAUAAUUUUAUUGUGUAAUUUUAUAUUUAAGGUGACCUAAAGUUUGAAAUUAGAAUAGUAUAAAGACAAAUAAGUUACUUAAUGUUUAGUUUUUAUUAUAAUUAUAAUCUUUCCAACAUGUACAACUGAAA